AUGACGAUGGUCAAGUCAAGUGUUCAACCGAUACUUCUAAAGGGUCCACAGAAGACCUCGCUCGAUUCCUCCGUGACACUCCGUGAAAGCCAAUACGUCGCUGUGCGCUACAAAAGCAAACGCUCGAUGAUGUCCUGGCAGGUCUUCAACCUCCUACGCCGCCUCGCAGCCAUCGCAGCCGCCAUCCAAUACGUCAUCGUCUCCAUGUCGGCCACUUGGUGGGCAUUGCAGGUCCUGAGCGGUGCCCACAACCCGACUGAAACUCUACGGGUCUUCCCGUCUUCAAUCAUCGAGGGGUACUUGGGCGAAGGCCUCAUCCGUGAUAGCCCCUUGGUGCAAGAAAUACUCGGAGGAGACACAACACCGCGAGACUACGCGUUGUAUCUCGAAUCUGCCACCAACACGUCGACUGAAAGCUGCUCCAAUGUGCCUCUUUUCAAUCCAAUGAUCUACAACCACAGCUUCCUGAGCAGCGGAUACCAGGGGAUAGUGGACGACACUGAGUACAACAUCUCGGGUCUUGCAGACUUGGAACUUGUAGUUAUGGUCGUCGACUGUACGUUCCGACAGAUUAUGGUGGGGGAUCCGUCCGCCGUGCGCGUGUUCAACUUGGUGCGCUCCCGGUCCGACCCCAACGACUUGUACCUGGUCACAAUGUCGCUCAAUGUACAAGAGUACGAGGUGCGCAAGCUGCACAAACGUGGCCCUGCGCUAGUCGGCAUGCUUACGCUGGUGCAGGACAUGCAGGCGGAUAAUGUGCAACAGUUCUACAUGUUGGCGACGACUUACCCCUAUCAGCGCGUACCAAAUUUCGAGAUGUACGAGUUGGUAGGGGUGACGAGUGAGAGUUACCUAGAGCUGCGUAGUAUUCCACGUGACCCGUUGACACACCCAGUGAAGAACUUGAUCACGGCGAGGAAGCGUGGGUUCUUUGACGGUGACGACCAGUCGAAUGUCCGCGUCAUGUACUCAACACUGCGCGGGGUGAAUGCCAAGACGGCGUUGACGCGCUGGGAGUGGAUCGGAGAGGCCGUGACUGUGGACUCGUGGGCUUGGGUGCACUGUAUUCAUUUCUUCUUCGGCUUGGAGACGAUUUACUCACUUCUAGUGCUGCUUUUGGUUACUUACCAGAAGGUUCGUGCGGGCAAAGUCUGGAUUGGAGAUCCGUUCUCAUCCUUGUCGACUACAGGUCUCGUAUUUCGCGGAAUCUUGGUGUUAAUCUCGUGCUUCCUGGACAACUUCUGGUCGGUUAACGAGUACGCCAUGUCCAGAGCCUCCAUGAUCACGGGUUCGCAAGUAGUCCGCGUGCACAAGGAGAUCAUGCACGCUGACAUUAUGGUGAUUUUCCUAAGCUUGGUCGGCUUCUUGAGUUCCGUCUUCCGAGAGCGGAUUGACCCCUCCAUUGCAAUUUUCCUGUUCGAGUUCAUCCACAAGUACCGAAUCACGUUGCUGCGCACAUCGUCCGCAGUAGUCGACAAAAUAUCGACGUAUUCGGACGCUAAAUGGACUCUCGGAAUUGCACAAGUAACUCCGGUUAUGAUGUCGAUGUCUCCGAUGCGCAUGUGGUCCUCGUUCCAGUUCCCAGAGAAAGACCCCGUCUUCAUCAUCGCCUCCUUCUUCCCCACGACUUACUUGCUGGUUUCCAUCUCGGGCUUCGCAAUUCUGAGGAAGAUGUAUCGGUUCCGCUACCCGGACAAAGUUCACACUAGAUCAAGCCAAAGCACAGAUACAUCGGGCAAUGAGAAGGUGGCCAUGACCAUGAAAGGCAUCGUCACCAACUUUGAGAUCUCGACGGGUGCCGAGCUACAGACAAGGUUCGGACUCAUCUCCGACUACAACAACUACGUCUACUUCAAGGGCAUGAAGUUCGCCUCGCCUGACGGCGUCUACUGUUCUGGAUACGUCAUCGUGAACGGAAAAUAUCUGGUGAACACCAAACACUUGCUGUCGAUUGUGCUGAUGAAGCUGUUGCACGCGCGCUUUGCCAACGUGUACGCGUAUGAGGUGGACGGCAACAGUGUGAAGGAGAUGGCUCGACUGGUGCAUACGAACACGUUCAUGUGGUCGGACCUGUGGCGCCUUAAUGUCACAGUGCUGCUCUAA